AUGCCUUCCAAGUCUCCUGCACAGACUUUACUAGAGAAAGCCGACAAGAAGGCGAACUCAUCAACAGGAUGGUUCUCUUCUUCUUCCACCAAGUACGAAGAGGCAGGCGACCUUUACCAGCAAGCUGCAAAUGCCUUUAAGAUCGAUAAACUGUUCCGAGAGGCCGGAGAUGCUCAUGCUCGAGAAGCAGAGUGCAGAGAGAAAGGUCAAGAGGCAAAUGAAGCCGCAAAUGCAUGGUGGAAUGCAGCCAAGGCAUACAAGAGGGGUCAUCCCGACCUUGCCAUACAAGCCCUGACGCAUACAAUAACCCACCUCACACAAGGUGGUCGCUUCCGCCAGGCAGCCGAUAGAGAGAAGGAGAUCGGACAAAUUUAUCUGCAGGAGCUUAAUGACUUGCGCAAAGCAUGCGAAAGUUACGAACGUGCAGGGGAAUGGUAUGCACAGGAAGAUGCGACGGCUACCGCGAAUGCAUGUUAUAAGGACGCCGCCGACCUCCAUGCCGAACUGGAGGAAUAUCCUCAAGCAAUAGCACGCUAUGAACAGGUCGCGAACGGGUCACUGUCGUCAGCUCUCACAAAAUACAGUGUGAAGGAGUACUGGCUUAGAUCUAGCUUGUGUGCACUUGCGAUGGGCGAUACCGUAACGGCCAAGCGGAAUCUCACGAAAUACUCUUCCCUUGACACUACAUUCAGCUCCACACGAGAGGCUAAAUUCGUGAAUAUUCUCGUCGAAGCGAUUGAAGCUGGUGACACCGACACAUUCACUGGUGCUGUGUUCGAGUAUGAUCAGGUCACAAAGCUUGACAAUUGGAAGACAAAUAUUUUGUUGAAGAUCAAGAGGAGUAUACAGGAUGAACCUCUACUGACCUGA